GGCUUUUCAACCUACUGGUUCUAUGCCACAAAAUUACUCGCAUUAUCUGCCAACUUAGGACACACAGACUUGGCAAAAAAUCAGUUUCCCUGACGUCCAUUGUAUUGACAAGACGACGGGCAACUCUGAUCAACACAGGAUAAGCUGUUGACUGCACUGGCAACUCAGGCGAUACUCCGUUCCCAAUACAGCCUCUCUGCAUUUCUUCAGUUUUUUUAACGACCAUUCAACUCCAUUGUAGUAACGGCAGCACAUGUGACGGCGUCGAAUGAGCAAGACCAUCACGUUCGAUGAAGCCUCGGCCAAGGUACUUCCUGCCCUGGCCGUGGUUCAAAAGAGUGAUUUUAGGCCCCACAGUUCCAGCUUUUCCGGCAGGAUAGGAGGUUGGGAAAGGUCGAAGAAGAGAGUUCAAAAGACCCGAUCCUCAUCCUUGUCAUCUGAUGUAAAGCCCAAAUGCUUGGCCAGAGUGCAGGACUGCGACAGCGACGGUGACGUCUUCUUGGGCGUUUCUACCAUCAAACCGCAGGAUGCAUCAACUCCGGACGAGAAGCGCAAUGGGAACGUCUAUGUAAUCUCCAGUGGCCAGAGUUCCCCCGUGAACCCAAACUUUGGGCAACGGAGCACUCGGGUCACGGAGCUAGACAGCGUAUCCAGAAGCAACGUCCGCAGGGCAUCGACUGCAGAAAGUAUCGAGUCUAAUGAUAGCUUUACGAGGUUGAACUUCGCCACACUUCUAAGCCUAAUUUAUGCCAUCUUCAUCGUUUCCUUUGGAUGUGUUCUCUCGGCGUCGUACCACGGUUACGCAUUCAUCGACAAGUCCACCAACGACAUAUUUAGCAGCGUGGUGGCUGUCAUCGGCUUGGGAUGGCUUCUGUUCCUGCACGUGGAUCUGACUCGCUACAAGCGACACAUCCUGGCGUCCAUCAAAAAGAAUUUGAAAGAGUACGAAGUCAUGUCAGACCGCUUCUCGUUGGCGACCGAAUGCGUGAUCAACGGUCAAUACGAGUGGAAAAGAGCCGUAGAAGACGACGAAGAGGAACAAGUGAAGCCCCACUAUCGAUUUCUGAAAGGACGACACAGUGGAAGCUUCUUCCUCAAGGCAGGAAUGGCUGUCUUCUGCUCAGGGCACAUUAUCCACGAAGGUCUAAUGCUUUCAAAAGAAGCAAUUCACUGGCACAGAGGCCACGAAAAAUGCGGUGAUAUUGUUAGCCUGGUGGUUCACUCGUUGCGGCCGCUGUUCUCAUUCUAUCAGCUCUUCAUCGCAUUCAAGUAUUCGAACAUAGUCAUCAACCGCUACAAGGAGCUUGCACGAUUCGGAGUCAUGCACUUGAUUGCGACGUCUCUUCAUGCCUGGUUCAGCACCAUUGUGGAUGACGCCGUGGCAAGCCACAACCACUUUGUCCAUUUCGAAGAGUAUCACAGCGAAAACUUAACCAGUAAAAACGAAACAGAGGCUUCUGUCUGCUUGCACGUUCUCAGCCCUUCGUUGAGUUCAGCGGCCUACCUAUACCCGUGCACCAUUGAGUUCAACAUCAUCCUCGCUGGCGUCUGGUUCAUCGUCUGGCAGAAUAUCGGCAACGUCCAUCUGCAUUCGAAGUCGCAUCACCUCGAACAGAAGUUCAACGGGGCCGACGGAAGCAUGGAAAUACACUACGAAAGCAACUUAGUGAUCAGCGCCGACUGCCACUCGGCAAACAAGGGUCUGUUCACAGGUAUCCUCGUCCUCUUGACGUCUAUAAUCAGCAUGGUUAUCUUCUUCGUGCUACUGAAUACUCACAGCAACCUUUCAGUCAUGCAUGACAUUUAUGACUGCCAAGAAGGUACGCUCACCAUUCUAGGCCUAAUCGCAUGCAUCUUGGCGUACUUCAAGAUCACAAAGUUGGACCGGAAUGCGCAUCCCGUCAUGUUUCUCGACAACUUCCUCCUCUUCAUUCCCGUGCCGUUUUACAUGAUCAACGCCGUUUUGUGCAUAAUUGCCGACAUGCGUGUUGGCGCGCCGAUCCGUAUAGGCAUUCGUGUUUUUUCCCUUCUACAAAUCGUGGUGCAGACGCCCAUCUUGAUCGAUGGGCUGAGACGGUGCAGUAACUGUCACAGGCUACGGUACAAGAAACCAGGACGUGAGAUCAUCACUUUCUUGCUCAUACUUAAUGUGACACAGUGGAUAGUGUACACGGUCCAGCAGAAGCACGCGGAGGACCUGCUGGCCGCGAAAGAGGUCUACGGAAACCUGUGGUUGUUCAUCGGCCACGCGACCAUCCCGAUGAUGUUGUUCUACAGGUUUCAUUCGGCGGUGUGCUUAGCGGACAUCUGGCAGUCUGCCUACCACAAGGGAGAGUGAAUGAGUGUGCUGUGGUUUGAUGUAACUUAGUGGUCAUCUUAUCUGAUACGAGACAUUGACUGUGCCCAUGGAGGGCAUUGCGCUGCGCUGAACUGUCUUGCAUAUUUUUGAUAAUUUUUCUUUGCGAGCAUUCACAAUACUCCUUUGUACAGUUACUUGACAAUGAACCCUGUGCGUUCUGUUUUCU